AUGGAUUAUUGGACACGAUCCGCUGAUAGAAACUCACUGGACAGCAUUGGUGUAGCGUAUGAUGAUACUCUCACAAGUUUUCCAACUGAUGCAAAUGCAGUGGAACGUACACGGCGUGUGCAUAUGAUAACACCUCACGUGUCAUCUGGGUCACCUCAACAAGGGGCACAUAAUGAUCGUGAUUGGCUUAGUCUAACAGAUGAUUUAACAACAACUGAUACUACAGGUUUCACUAGUUCAUCACGACAGAUUACUGGUUUAUCAGUACAUCAUCGUAAUGACAACACAACUGGUUUUACCUUUAGUGGUACACCUGCAGAUGUUGUUUGUUUUCGUUCUUGUAUUUCAUAUCAUACACACAGAUCAGGAAGAUCUGUGGUAGUGCCAGAACAGACUGGUCCUUUUAGUGCAGAAGUACUGUGUAUUAUUCUGCUGUAUAUUGCUGUGGAUAUGCGUGAAAUCUUACAGGUGAGCCAUACCUGUCGUUUUUGGCGUUUUUAUACAAACUACGCACCACACUGGACAUAUUUUCGUCGUCUCGACUGGGGACGGCGUAUCAAAGAUUUACCAAAUUACAUCCGUAAAGUUGUUGUAAAACCAAAAAUUGUUACACAGGCAGAAUACUUUAGGGAACGUAGAAAAGUUCAAGCAGCACAGCGACGUGAGGAAUUUAUGGGAACAGCACGACACGUACGGUGGUGUAUUGCUAUUGCCGUUCUUAGUGCCGUUGCUUCUGCAUCUAAUUUUGUUAUUUCAUAUUUUUUAGGCUUCCUUUCAACUGUAUUAACUACUGAUGAGUUAGUGGGUGGUGUAACGUUUACACUUAUGCUGGUAAUGGUAAUACUAGAAGUCACCGUUGUGAUUGUUCCAUUAGGCGGUGCAGCAUCACCAUCGGAGAAACAAAAUAUGAUGCGUCUGCUCUCUUGGGGAUUAUUUUUAUUACUAACUGGUUGUAUAUUCGGCACAAUGUCAGCGCUCGCUAUGUCUCGUGUGCGAAGUAAUGGACAUAUUCUUGAUGGUACAGAGAUAGAUCUCACCAUGGACGCAGAAUGCAGUGUGAUUGAUCUACGCACUGAACCAUCCUUUGCAUAUCUACCAGCUAUGCUUAAUGAUUUGCGUUGGCGACCUCUUACGAUGGAUCCUACUGAGAAAGUAUUUAUUCCAUAUUGUAUUUCAAAACCGGGUGAAUCGAAUAAGACUAUGUGCUAUGUAUUUCUUUUCUUUGAUAGCAUGUACGUGUCAGCUAUCUUUAAUGAUACAAGUGCAUUAGAAACAAAAGACAUUGGAACACGUACUGCACUAGGUUUUGAUCCUGUUGGUAACAGUGCUGGUGCGUGGUGUGCCUUUCUUGGCCGUCCUCAAGUUGUAGCCGUUACAGAGUUAAUAUAUAAACGUAUAAAGAGUGAACGUGAUCUUUUGUAUCCAGAUUCUAUUUACACCAAUGCUGCUCACCGACCACAGAAGACGGAUAGAUUUAGUUACCAGUGUAGUGUAGAUUAUGCACGCGUGGCAACGGAGGAACCACAAGACUCUACAGAUAUUUGGUAUAAGGCCGGACGUCCCUGGAGGCAACAUUAUGUUCCGUUAAUGACAAAUAAUAUUGCAGCACGGGAGUCCUUUAAAGAAAAUCACGAUCAUUUCUUGAAUUACGCUUCAUUUUGUUAUAUCGCCCCCUCAAUCUUGUGGGGUGUGAUGUUGAUCUCACAGUGUAUUAUGAGAGAGCACGCACUUAUGGUACUCGGCAUGAUGACUACUUUUACGCUUGUUCUUAUGAACCCUAUUUUACUCCUGAUUUCAGGUUUAUUGUGUGCGAAACUCUCAGACUAUUUUUUUAUGUGUGACGAGGGAACAGGAGGUUCAAUGGUUGGUGGUGGUAUUUUUAUUACUGCAUUUCUCCUUGCCAUUUAUGUGUGCUUUAACUGA